GUACACCAUUGGAACCUUGAUGAUUGCUUUUUCACAUCCAGGUGGCAUCUGAAAGAGGAAUCUCUCUGCACCACUCUUUUUUCUUCUUGUCGGCAUGCAGCAUAAUCCACCUCAUGAGAACCUUCAUCCUCAUGCCAAAGAGGCACAUCCCCUACCCCCUCCCUGAGGGCUACACUUGGGUUCCAUGAUUAUUGGCACACUGGUUUAAUACUUUGUGCACACACCCCUGGCAAAGUGGACAGCCAUGAGGACCCAGGGAUCCUGGAGGAGUUUGUCAGGGUAGACAAACACGGAGCGGUCCAACAUGGAGGACGUUAUUAAUAAGGGCUUGGAAGACAGCAGGAUGGACUCAUGAACAUGGGCAACACCCAAAGAGGCACUAUAGGGCUUGAGCUUGGAGGCGAGGGGAGGAAGGAUGUGAUUUCUGAAGGAGGGAGCACACAGCAGCUGGCCCUACAGACAGCUUGCUCGCUCCCUGUGCACAGUUUUAAGCAGUGUGUGCUCAGCUGGUUUUUUCUGUGGCACCUGGUGUGGCUGUCAGUCAUGAUCCUGCGACACUACCUGUUCAUUGCCACCCUGAACCCCAUGUUGACCCAGCUGACUGAAGGAGACCCAGCCCAAGUGAGCCACUACACCAACGCCUUCGCCUACACACAGUUAUGUGGGAUACUGUGCGCCAUCUGGAACGGCCUGAUCAUUGACAGAUACAACGGCACGCGACAGGCAGGAGAGAUGGAGGAGGAGAGUAACCUGCGCUCUGUGGUGCUCUCUCUCUUCCUCACUGCCCUGCAGUGCCUCUUAUUCUCCAUCUGCGCCACCAUACCUGUGCUCCCACUGCAGUACCUGACUUUUGUCCUGCAAGUGGUCAACCGCGCCUUCAUAUUUGGAGGGAAUGUAGCCUUCAUCAGCAUUGUCUUUCCAGUCUGCCAUUUUGGGAAGCUGUUUGGUCUCUUAUUUGUUCUGUCGACCCUGGUGUUGCUCCUGCAAUUCCCCUGCAUCAUCCUGGUGAAUGAGGUGUUGGAUGGAGACCCCUUAUAUAUAAACAUAGCCCUGUGCAUCCUGUGCCUGGCCACGUUCAUUCACCCGGCCUAUGUCUAUAUCCGCUGGUGCAGAUUGGCCAAUCAGAGAAGACGCUCCGCCCAGCCACCUCCCAACGAUGAGAACGCCUUCUCUGGAGACAAUGAAGACCAACCCCAGGAUGUCCCAGGCUCCCCUACAAAGGACACUUAGGCACCCCUAAAAGUGACACUCAGAAGGUCUGCUGUUUUCUCAGGGUGCUCCUCUUUCCCCAACCCACUGGUUCAUGGCGAUAAAUGGUGGCCAUGCUUGUUAAAGAAAGGAUUUUUGGGGGGUUCAGGCUUGGCUAUUCCUAUCAGGUUUAUGUGACAGUGUCUCUGAAAAAACCUUCCAAGUAAAAUUGACACCAUUUAGAUGUCAGGUUUGCUUCUGUUCAAUUAGAUAUUAACUCUAAAAGGCUUUUUGACCUGGGUGCCCAAAUCUUUGCACACUACUGUAUGUUAUCUGCAAGUAAAGGAAAGCGCUUAUUUAUUUAUAUUGCCAUGCACUGUGGGGUAUUUUG